AAUGGACUUUGCAGUGAUCCUAUCCAAGACCAUAAGUUAAUUCUUCCCUUGAUGUCUCAUUGUGUAACUGAUAUUCUCCUUUCUGCAGGCGUGAAGCUUUUCACAGUUGUUUUGUAUCUGAGGGGAUCACAGAGGCACCAUGUCGGGGGCCGGCAGUAAGAGAGCCUCGGGAGAUAACAGCUCCGGCCCUUCAGAGAAAAAACCAAAUCGUGAUGAAAAGACACCAACUACACUUAUUGAGCCCAUCCGUCUGGGCGGCAUUUCCUCCACGGUUAGUAUCCACAGUCCCAUUCCCACUUCCCACUCCAAUGUUCCUUCCUAGAUUUCCUGUCCUAUUUGCAGCUGCUCAGGAUUCCUCCUUUGGAGCCCGUUGUUUGCUGGAAUGUCUGACUCCAAGUCUUUGCAAUAGAAAACUGGGCGGGUGUGUCAGAUGGCGCUGGCAUCCAGCCACACGCAGUUGGCACCAUUGAUGACACAGGAGGAAUGGGGAAGCCUUGCUAGCGCUAUGCUUACCUGCUCACUAUCCUUUACAGGAGGAGAUGGAUAUGAAGGUCUUGCAGUUUAAGAACAAGAAGCUGUCAGAACGUCUUGAGCAGCGCCAGGGGUUUGAGGAUGAACUUCGUGAAAAGAUUGAGAAGUUGGAGAAAAGACAAGCCACGGAUGAUGCCACACUGCUAAUAGUGAACCGUUACUGGAGUAGGGUGAGAUGGAAGUGUUGCUCUGUGUGCUAAAAAUAUCCAUGUUUUUCCAUUUCUUUCUCCAGUGUACUUCCUUUUUAUAUAUCAUCUUGGUGUGUUUUCUGUCUUUCUCUCCUCUAUGUGUUUCCUGUUUCCCAUCCUCUUACAGCUGUGUUUAUGUGGUUCCCCUCCUCUCCUUCCUGAUGCAUUUCCUGUUUCCCCUCCUCUUCCACCUGUGUUUCCUUGUUUCCCCUCCUCUUCCACCUGUGUUUCCUUGUUUCCCCUCCUCUCCCUCCUGAUGUUUCCUGUUUCCCCUCCUCUUCCACCUGUGUUUACUUGUUUCCCCUCCUCUCCUUCUUGAUGUAUUUCCUGUUUCCCAUCCUCUUCCAGCUGUGUUUGUGUUUCCUCUGCUCUCCCUCCUGUUGUGUUUCCUGGUUUCCCCUCCUCUUUUCCCUGAUGUAUUUCCUGUUUCCCCUCCCAUUUGACUUGGUGUGUCUCCAGUGUUUCCUAACUUUCCUUGUUACGGAUAGCUCAUUCUUUCCCCACACUCUCGUUCUUUAACAGCUGGAGGAGAAUGUCCAGCAGCUGUUGAAGCGCUAUGAUACUGAGCCCCCCACUCAGAGCGGCCCUCCGGUUGAACCCCCUGAGCAGAAGGAGAAUCGUCCAGAGACAGAGCAUGGAAUUGAGGAGUUGCAGCCGCUGGCAGAGAGUGAAAGUAAAGGUGAUUAUAUUUGUAUAAGUGAUGAGUAGUUAGAUGAGCUGCAAGCCAAGCUCUUAGUAAACAGGAAGGCUGCUCUGGAUCUAAUGGAGACUAAAAAGAAGCUGUGUGAAUGUGCUACCAAUGUCUGCCCGGAACGACAGCUGCUGAAGUGGGUCCCUAAGCCAUCUGUAAAUGACAGAGGAGAAGCCCAUCUGGCUGGGAUGAAACUGCUGUAUGGCACCAUAGCUCCCUCUGCUAUUCACAGUUAGCCUAGGGAAGCAGGAUUUCCUUUUUUAGUAUAGGCGGUCUGUCUUUUACUGCUAAUUAUUAUCAUUAUUGUUUGCCUAAACUGCAAAGCUGUUGACGUAAUUCCCUGAUGAGUUGGGAAAAUCAAUGGAUCUCCUGUGUCCUGGUAUUAGCUUUUUCACAUCACAUUUGAACAAAGUCACCUUCUUUUUAUGUUGUUAUUGACAGAAGAGAGAAGCCAUGAGAAGUAAGACAAUGGUAGACCUAUAUCUGUAUUCAGAUUUGACUCUGCAGUAUGUUUUUUUUUUUUUUGUCAUUCUUUCUUUUAUCGAGGCAAUCAAGUAUAGGAUACAGAAACGAAUAGAAGUAUGUGGUUAUCAUGCAUCAGAACAACACUGUAUCAACGAAGACAAGGUUGCACAACUCCUUCGUGUGCCUGCCUCUUUCUGGUAGCAAGGAAAAUAAUAAAAGCAAUAUAAGUAAUAAAAACAGUGAGGGGCCAAGUACCUAACUAAGCUUUCAUGGUCGAAUCUGGUACUACCCCGUUGUAGCGGAGAGCUGAUUUUCCACAGCUGAACUCCACCAAUAUAUUAAGAGGAUGCAGGAACAAGUAAUAAAUCCAAGAGAAUAUCCAGCACUAUCAGCAAUACAAUCCAAUAGUAUCCCAUCACCCUUCCCAAUCACUGGACGACACACAGUAUCAGGAGUAGAACUGAAGUUUAAUGGCAACAUUCCUGCUUUUAUGAGAUUCUCCCAUGCAAGGGAGGGAUUCACCACAAUUAGUACAGCAACCAAUCCCAUAGACGUUACCUCCCACACAUCUCCUCCCCUUAGAUUAGCAAUUAACACAAUUAUACAAGACAUACUUUUCCCCACUUUUUAGAUGUACCCCAAAUAUGGGUGAUAUACCCUGAUCUGGGUGAGAAACAUAUCCAAAAAUCACCCAGAUCAGACCAGGGGUUCGGGAGUUAUGGGAAGGUAAAGUUUUGACCGACCGCAUGGGUAAGGUAGCCGAAAAUAGUUCCAUGAGAUCUGGCCCUGCGGUCGGUCUCCAUUCGUGCUCCAAAAGUCCCGAAAGGCUAUACCAUCCAUAGUGAAGUCGGUAACCGGAUUAACGAACGACGGGCUGUUCGUGUGUUUUCAUCUGAAGCCCUGGAGGUCUUAGCGGUGUUCGGCUAGUCAAGUGUCUGUUUUGAGUUCCAGACACUCGACGACCAAACACCGCUGUUCGCGGGUUUAAGAUGACUGCCGCCACGUGUUCGGCUGCCGAAUUGGCGGUCACCCAGGAAAUAUAGCAGCGUGUUCGUAUGUACAAGGGAAUAUGAAAAGCAAUCAGGGAGGUAAAUUACAUCCAUUCUUCACAUUAGGGUGGUCCGGCUGUUCGGUACUUUGUUCAUAUGGUGAAUUUAGUGUUUCACCUGCAAGCUGGUAUUCUUAUACCGAACAAAGUAUGGCCACAUAUAGUUACAUGUAAUUCUGUGUACUGCAGGCACAGGAAAACCUCUGCAGUGCCAACAAUAAACAAAAUGGAUUGGACCGCCAAAAAGGGGUUCUGCUACACCCGUACUCUAGCUUCGCCUAUCAAUCUGGAUACCCGGGGUGAGUACUAGCUACACGCUUACAGACUUGUGAAUUAAUCCUCUAUAUCAGCUGUUGUGAAGGUUAUGAUAGCGGACCACCUGGUAACCUGACCGGAUACCUCCGCUACUUCCCUUUCUUCAGCCGUUCAGGAACCCUUACAACAAGCAGGCAUCCAUUUUCUCCCCAGUAACUGGACGCCACACAGUUCUGGGGUAAAAACACUGACAAUCCUUUAUUGGUACACACGGCUUUUAAGCACAGACCCCAACACGGGGUCUCUAUUCGGUUCAAAAAAUCCUUUGUCCCAGGCAGGAGAAGGGGGGACAGGUUACAGAUUAGGGAUGUGCAUGGGAAAAAUAUCCAGUUCGGUUCGGCUCAGCAUUCUGAAAUUCGGGAUUUCGACGGUUCGGUUCGGGACUUCGGUUAGGGUUAGGUUAGGGUUAGGGGUAGGGUUAUGGUUACCCCAACCUUUAACCCUACCUCUAACCUAAUCCCUAACCCCAACCCUCUCCUGUUUUGCCACUUUUCAGAAAUCCGAAGCACUUCCGAAAUUCGGUUCCGUUCAGCAUUCCAAAAUUUGGAACUUCAAAACGAAACUAACUGCACAUGUCUAUUACAGAUAACCAUCUCCCGCUCUGGGAGAUGCCAACAGGACACCGUUCCAUACAUUAAAACAUAUUGCAAACAGUAAAACACAUUACAUAUAUGGGGGAACACUUAGGAGCUCCGCGCCCCGGGAAGGGAAUGGUGUACACACAUGAAACAUCAUUGGAUAGCUGGAUAGCCCCAGGUCCCAGCUAGGAACCCUGCAAAUAGCGGGGCUAUCAGAUGUACAGAGCCCGAGAAACCAUCGCAUAAAGGGGCUUGAGGCUCUGUACAUCCCCAAUAUCAGUUCCACAGCAUUGAUUGGUUUGGUCCGGUGAAUUCAAAUUUCACGCCCAAACCAAGCAACAACCAAUCAGUUUAAAGGCGCGAAACCCAUGUGCACUAAUUGGCACUCGUGGAGGAGAGGGGUUUCGCCGCCCAAUUGGGAGAAAGGGUGCAAAAUCCUGUUCUGGUACUCCUCUGAUUGGUUGCCUGCGUCCUGCAGCGACCAAUCAGUACUCACUAAUGACAACCCAUCCGGAGAAUGGCGCAUUCCCAGUUGGAAUGGGAACUUCCAGGUGGCUAGUGGGACCUCUGUGGCUGAGAAGCCCACUCACAGCCCCAGGGAUCCCGCUGGGGCUACCUUAGGCAGCCCCGGGGGGAGCGCUCUCUGGGCAGCUACAAGCCUGGCCUCAUAGCUCCUGGGUGGGAGGACCGUGACUAUGGCUCCGUUAGAAUGCUUCCCCUGGUUGGCGUUCAGCAAAACGAACCGGCGGCCUCCCAGGGGAGCAUUCGUUAAUGAUUUCCCUGGUGGUUUCAGAAUGUUCUAAUGAGAGUUCUAAAUGGGAAAUCAGGGUGGUCCCUGUUCGGGAGACGAACGGGUUCCGUUUGUAUUACCUCUCCCGAACACACGAAAUACAUACAGAUUGUGGCAAACCUAGCCACUUGGACUAUAACUGGACACUAUGCCUUUAGGGGUUGUCUAUAGGUCUGGAGAGAUAUGCGUUUUAACCUGUAUGUGUCUGCUUCAUGUAUUCCCUGCAUUACCUGUAAUUAUCUGUUCCGCCGAAUGCAAAUGGCGGUUUGUAUGGGGAUUCCCUUUCGUUUCACGAACGGCACUUUGGAGGGCCGUUCGUGAACCGAACGCAAAGACCCAUAAUAGCCCACACACUUAGAGGCGUGUGGCGCUAGUUAACCGAUUGCAACAAUGUUGCAAUCGGUAAUUAGAGGCUCUCCUGGGUGGCCGUCGUUCGACUACCGACCAUGCGGCGGUCGGCCAUCUUGGAUCCUUUGUUCCCUCAGCGGGGUUAUGUCGUCGAGCGCCUGGUACUAAAAACGGCUACUCGACGGCACGAGCCCCGCUGAGCCUCCAGGGCGUUCGGGAGUUUCGGGACAUUCGGUAUUUUGUUCCCUACAAGCAAUCGGUUCUUUUCAUAUGUUUUAUACGAAUUGUGUUUUUCGUGCGGCGUUCGGUUAUUUUAGCUGGGAUCUGAGCGGUAAUCUCACGAAUGAUGCGCUCAGACCCCAGCUAUCUACCGAACGUCCAUUCGUGUAAAUCCACUGUAUAUUCCCCAAGUUAUGGAUUUUUGUGUGAAUUGUCGGUUCUGCUGCACGAGGGGAUAAUCCACUUAACGGUGCAUUCUGGGAAGAUGAUCCCUCUCGUGCAGCGGUGCCUGAUGGGAGAAAUAUGCUGUAAUGUAAGUCCCCCAUGUAGUCCCCUCUGGGAGUGCCCCUGGGGAGGGACUCAGGAAACCCCUUGCAUGGGGACUUGUAUAAAUUGUCUUGCCGAUUUAAAAGGUUGUCAGUUGACUCUCAGAACUGUGUCUCGUCCGGUUACUGGGAGGUUGGGGAUAUUGCCUUAUGGUUUUUUCAGCGCUUGACUGUGGAUUCGUUUCUGAACCAGCGGAAUUCGUGGAUUUAUAAUUGGCGUUCCGCUACACAGAUACAAGGGGAAAACACAGACUACAAAGGAAAAACACAUGAAUAAGCAGUGGGCAUGGUACUUAGUGACGGCAGUCCGCCACAGUUAUCAUGGUAAGUAUCGCCAAUGUACACAGAUUGAUAAGAUAGUAAUGGGUGUAACGGGGAGGGGGUUAGGGUCGGUGUGAGUAAUUUGGCCACUAGUAGUGACCACCGGUACAAUACUAGGGGGCUUCCAAGAGAUCAAAUCAAGAUGGAUUUCUAAGUGAAAGUAAUAAUAGGGGUUACCUAUACUUGGCUUCAUGCGUAAGUUGACAGACUGUGAUAUGCCGCUCAAUAACCCCUGAGCUCUGGAGGGAAGCACUUAAUGUACGCUCACAGCAGUGUUAAGGUUAAGUAAAUGAACUCUAACUAACUAUGAAUCAUUAGGUAGAAACUGAAACGAAAGAUAAACAAUAACAGGAAGCAUUUGAGCAUGCUGAGUCUCUUGAAACUCGCCACCACAAGUUCUUUCCGGCAUUAGCCGGUGUCAGCGCGGGAUCGCGGAAUAAACAGAAUAAUCUGUGAAAUGUCAGUGGAGCAUGUCCGCCCAUCUCUGGUGUUUGCAGGUUGGAUAACGCCCAAUUUUUGGAGGAAAGCUGCUGUCGGCUGCAGAUGAAAUGUGAUAGUUGCGGCUAUCCGUGGUAGCUAUCUGGGUGUGUGAGGGGCUCCACCUGUAGGCAACUCCUGCCGAUCUCAGGGACUGCGUGACUCGCUGGGGGGAUCUUCUUCAGGUCGAAAUGGAGUGGCAUAAAUCCUCUAGAAAGUAGAACUGCAUCUCCUCAAAGUGGUAGGCCGUCUUGUUCUUCACCGCUUCUUGGACCGCCAUCCUCUCUCGGAGCAUGAGGAAGCGCUCCAGCACAUUUGAGAAGCCCCAGCCAAAGCUCUGGCAGAUUUGGCCAGUCUGAAGCAGCCAUCUAUUUGUAUGCUUUUAGUCGAGCGUUGAGGUAGUAUUGAAGCUAAUAAGCAUCAUAGGAAAUGUGGCAGUUCUUGAUUGACGACUCUUUCCACGGUACCUCUAACUUUGAGGUUUGUGCGUCAUCCAGUAUCUUCCAGAGAAUCUAUUUGCACUUAGAUGGCUUUAUGUGCAGCCUGAAGUUGACAGAUCUGCUCCGCGUUACUCUCCUGGUGUUGGGCAAUGGAGGAGACUGUCUCUUCGGUUACCCUUACUCUGGCAGUGACCACAGACAUGUCCUCCCAGAUGACAUUCAGAUCGGCAUUAAAGAAAGCAGGGAUAUUGUUUAUUAUGGUCUUAAUAUACCCCUUAGUAGCUGGGGCUGACAGAUACUCCGUCCGUGGUGAAGAGUCCGAACCCACCGUUCUUGGUAUGUCAUCCGAGUAGAGUAGAAUUUGUGUUUACUGUGUAAUAGAAUGAUCAAUUAUAUAUAAAGUUAAAUUGGUGUAUACCAAUGUAAAGCGCUGCGGAAUUUGACAGCGCUCUAUAAAUAUCAUACUAAUAAUAAUAGAAUGACCAAUUUAUAUAUAAAAUCGAAUUCGUGUACACCGUGUAAUAGAAUGACCAAUUGUGUAUAUAAAGUCGAAUUCGAGUACACUGUGUAAUAGAAUGACCAAUUAUUGUAGCGGACCAUGCUACCAUACUCUUAUACCGUCUCCGGGCUGUCCUUCCUUUCCCCCCCCCCCCUUCCCGUUGUCCCCUAUGUUUGGAAUUUACCGUACAUGUGCGAGACAUUCUCCCCUUUUGUUUGAAACCUAAGCUUUUCCCCCUGUUUCGCCUGGCCGUUUGUCUAAUUCCAUUCCCCUAAGUGGUUCCCGCGGUAGAACACCCAGAUAUGGAGUGUGCCUCUCAUGGACACCGUUCACACCUCCAUAAACCGCAACUACACGAACGGCUGGGUGGUCAUCAUUCGUAUAGGCAAACACCUGGCAGCGGCCAUCUUGGGACACGAACAAAGACAGCGGUGUUUGGUCGUCGGGUGCAUGGAACUAAAAUUGGACACUCGACUGCACGAACUGGGACUUCCACCUUCAGUUAAUUUGUGAGAAAGCAUACGAACGGAGCGCCAAUCAGGGGGAACAAUCUCCAGAACCAGAUAUUCAUACAAAUGGGCAUACAAAUUGCCAUGUUAUUUUAUAUGCUUUUUGUACUCGUCGGUCUAAACUAUACCCUGGUGGCGUUUCGGCUGUGUUCGUGGGAUCUGAGCGCUUUUCGGAUGUUUUGUGCGCUUUGACCCAAGCUAUCCAGGAUAUAGUACUUAAGGGGGUACCUUGUGGGGAAAUGCAUAUUUUGGGGUGUUUAAUAUUUUACAUGUCCUGGACCUGAAAGCUAAUGUAAUUAUCUUCUGUAUUUUACCCUGUCCACUCUCAGGUCCAGUGGGGAAUGCCCCUGGAAUAUGUAUAUGGACACCCCUUGCAGGAGAAUUCGCAUAAACGGCCAGCUGUGGCUUCAUUAAAAUGUGUUAUACCCCCAGAGCUGAGUGUCGUCCAGUUGCUGGGGAGGUGUUGGGAGAAUCUUGAACUACUUUUGCUUUAUUUGGCUGUUCCCUUGGAGUAACCUACUUGUCCCUGAGUAUAUUUUGGAGUUACCAGGGGAGGAGAGUCCCUACUAGGACUAGCACUCUGCUACAAUUAUAUAUAAAGUAGAAUUCGUGUACACUGUGUAAUAAAAUUACCAUACAUAGCAAGGGACUUAACAUCAGAUUUUUCUGUCUUGCGUAAAAAUGACCACUAAUCACAAACCAUGUCCUCUCCUUUUCAUAGAUGUGUCUGCCUCGCCCUGUGCUCCUACAGUCCAUGCUUCACCUGAGGGCCUUCCUGAAUCCUCGCUGAAUUUUCUGGCUACACUUGCUUUCAGCACCACUGAGGAAAUAGAGUUGCACCUGCAGGAGCGCAUGGAAUUCAGCAAGAGAGCUGUGUCCUGUGUACUAGAAACGUCCAACCGGCUUCACCGCCGCAUGGAAGAACUGUGCGAGCAUAUCCAUAGUGGAGGUAAGGGGGCAGGGAAUCUAAUAUUGACAGGUGUGAACAUCAUUGUGUGUAAUAGGGAGAUUCUGGACUAAUCAGAACAUUUUGUGUUUUGCAAACUGGUGGCACCAUGAUAAGGAGAAGGCUUCCUGCAGUCUCCACCAUUAUAAAUCUAUUAUUAACCUCCUCUACUCUGUGCAUUAGAGUUUGAGCUGCUGGAUGAAGCCCUCCGAACACUGAACAAGGAGCUGAUAAGCGAAAACCACAGAUUGCAGGAUUUAGCUACUGUCCUACAGGAGAAGCUCCAUCGCAUCUCCCUACAGGUGACACAGGAUGGGGAUUGAUGUAUGAGUAGAUGAUGUUUUAUACUAUGAAGGGUGUCUGUAAUUGUUUUUGAUUAGAGGAGAGGCAUUUCAGAUCAGUUUUAAGUUUGUGGUGUGGUGGACUAACUUAAGCUGAAGAUUAUUGGUGGGAAAGUAGAGAAAAGAAGUAGUUUGAGCAUUGAUGAUGAGCAAAUGAAUGAAAUGUUGGCCAGCGGCAGGUUGAGAGUUGGUGCUGAGGAAGUGGAAGCCAGACGCAGGUUGAAGGUUGGUGCUGAGAUGUGGAGGCUAGAGGUAGGUUGAAGGUUGGUGCUGAGGAUGUAAGGGCCAGAGGUAGGUUGAAGAUGUGGAGGCCUGAAGUAGGUUGAAGGUUGGUGCUCAGGAUGUGGAGGCCAGAGGUAGGUUGAGGGUUGGUGCUGAGGAAGUGAGACGAAGGUUGAGGGCUGGUGCUGAGGAAGUGAGUGGCAGGUUGAGGGUUGGUGCUGAGAAAGUGAGUGGCAGGUUGAGGGUUGGUGCUGAGAAAGUGAGUGGCAGGUUGAGGGUUGGUGCUGAGGAAGGGAGUGGCAGGUUGAGGGUUGGUGCUGAGGAAGGGAGUGGCAGGUUGAGGGUUGGUGCUGAGGAAGGGAGUGGCAGGUUGAGGGUUGGUGCUGAGGAAGGGAGUGGCAGGUUGAGGGUUGGUGCUGAGGAAGGGAGUGGCAGGUUGAGGGUUGGUGCUGAGGAAGGGAGUGGCAGGUUGAGGGUUGGUGCUGAGGAAAGGAGUGGCAGGUUGAGGGUUGGUGCUGAGGAAGUGGAAGUGAGAGGUAGAUUGAGGGUUGGUGCUGAGAAAGUGGAGGCCAGAUGGAGGUUGAGGGUUGGUGAUGAAGGAAUUCUGGAGCAGAGGCAGGUUGAGGGUUGGUGAUGAAGGCAUUCUGGAGCAGAGGCAGGUUGAGGGUUGGUGAUGAAGGCAUUCUGGAGCAGAGGCAGGUUGAGGGUUGGUUAUGAAGGAAUUCUGGAGCAGAGGCCGGUUGAGGGUUGGUGGUGAAGGAAUUCUGGAGCAGAGGCAGAUUGAGGGUUGGUGGUGAAGGAAUUCUGGAGCAGAGGCAGGUUGAGGGUUGGUGAUGAAGGAAUUCUGGAGCAGAGGCAGGUUGAGGGUUGGUGAUGAAGGAAUUCUGGAGCAGAGGCAGGUUGAGGGUUGGUGAUGAAGGAAUUCUGGAGCAGAGGCAGGUUGAGGGUUGGUGAUGAAGGAAUUCUGGAGCAGAGGCAGGUUGAGGGUUGGUGAUGAAGGAAUUCUGGAGCAGAGGCAGAUUGAGGGUUGGUGAUGAAGGAAUUCUGGAGCAGAGGCAGGUUGAGGGUUGGUGAUGAAGGAAUUCUGGAGCAGAGGCCACCUGCUGUUUUAAUAAUCCUUUAUGUUUGCUUGUUUUUAACCAAUCUCAGCACCAUGAGUUGCAGGAUCGAGUAAUUUCCUCUGAGACCAAAGUUUCUGAAAUGGAGAGAAGCAUUGAAGAUCUUCAGUGGGAUAUUGAGAAACUGCGUAAACAUGAGCAGAAACUCAACCGUCACUUGGCAGAAGCUCUGGAGCAGGUAUGUGUCAGAGAGGAGAGAAGCAUUCAUGUAAAGGGGAGCUGUCACUUCUCUGGAGUUUGGUAUAACGUGUAAUAUUUUUUUCUUGAGGUAUCCAGUUUUCUUUUACAAUUAUCUUAAAGAUUUAGCAAAUUGUAUUAUAAUCCAGUUAGGCACAGCCAGGGCACACAAUGCAAAUGAAGAGAAAAAAACAGAAACAUUGUUUUGUUACUACUUCUCUCUGUCUGCACCUGGCAGUCUCCAUAGUGCGCAGAGGGCAGAUCUUGUGACACUGAUUGACAGAAGCGACACUGGAGGCGGCCAGCUGCAGGAUUUCAUAUUUGCUAAAUACGGGAAAUAAUAAAAUUACAAUUCCUGGGAAGAGAUAGUUGCUUUUGAAAAUCUGUCUGGCAGAUCUCAAGGUGAUGGCUCUUUAAACAUAACCAGUACUGUAUGCCUUGUGUUUAGCUCCACGUUUACUUCAAUCAUCGUCUCCCGGCUUUAACAGAUUAGGAGUUUCUGUGUGGGGAGGAGUAUACAGCUUAAUGUACGGUAUACAGCUUAAUGUACGGUAUACAGCUUAAUGUACGGUAUACAGCUUAAUGUACGGUAUACAGCUUAAUGUAUAAUAUACCGCCUAAUGUAUAAUAUACCGCCUAAUGUAUAAUAUACAGCUUAAUGUAUAAUAUACAGCUUAAUGUACGAUAUACAGCGUAAUUUACGGUAUACAGCUUAAUGUACAUUAUAAAGCUUAAAGGACCACUAUAGGCAUCCAGACCACUUCAGCUCAAUGAAGUGGUCUAGGUGCCAGGUCCCUCUAGUUUUAACCCUGCAGCUGAAAACAUAGCAGUUUCGGAGCACCUGCUAUGUUUCACUGAGGGUUAAUCCAGCCUCUAGUAGCUGUCUCAUUAACAGCCACUAGAGGCGCUUCCGCAAUUCUCACUGUGAAAAUCGUUGACAAGACGCUGGACGUCCAUAGGAAAGCAUUGAGUAAUGUUUUCCUAUGGGCAGUUUAAAUGUGCGCACAGCUCUUGCUGCACAUUCAGCGCUGACGUCGGAGAAAGUUAAGUGGCUCAAGGGGUUAAAACGCCUUCAGCCCAGCGGAGGGGGUGGGGGAGGAACCUAAGGACUAUGGUAUACACCUUAAUGUACGCUAUACAGCUUAAUGUACGCUAUACAGCUUAAUGUACAACAUACAGCUUAAUGUAUAGUAUACAGCUUAAUGUACGACAUACAGCUUAAUGUGCGGUAUACAACUUAAUGUAUAAUAUACAGCUAAAUAUACAGUAUACAGCUUAGUGUAUUAUAUACAGAUUAAUGUACAAUAUAUAGCUUAAUGUACAGUAUACAGAUUAAAGGGUCACUAUAGUCACCUGAACAACUUUAGCUUAAUGAAUCAGUUUUGGUGUAUAGAACAUGCCCCUGCAGCCUCACUGCUCAAUCCUCUGCCAUUUAGGAGUUAAAUCCCUUUGUUUAUGAACCCUAGUCACACCUCCCUGCAUGUGACUUGCACAGCCUUCCAUAAACACUUCCUGUAAAGAGAGCCCUAUUUAGGCUUUCUUUAUUGCAAGUUCUGUUUAAUUAAGAUUUUCUUAUCCCCUGCUAUGUUAAUAGCUUGCUAGACCCUGCAAGAGCCUCCUGUAUGUGAUUAAAGUUCAAUUUAGAGAAUGAGAUACAAUUAUUUAAGGUAAAUUACAUCUGUUUGAAAGUGAAACCAUUUUUAUUUCAUGCAGGCUCUGUCAAUCAUAGCCAGGGGAGGUGUGGCUAGGGCUGCAUGAACAGAAACAAAGUGAUUUAACUCCUAAAUGACAGUGAAUUGAGCAGUGAAAUUGCAGGGGAAUGAUCUUGUGACAGAACCAUCUGUGUGCUUGUAUUUUAAUAGCCUUCGUCUGUUUGUCUCCCGUUCGUAUGAAUGGCUGGUUUCCAUAGCCCAGCCAUUUGAAUGACUCUUUUUUCCCGAACAAAACUGCCGAACGAACGGCCACCCAGGAGAGAAGUGUGCUGCUGGUUAACCUAUUGAUCCCAAUUAGAACGUUGUGGUUAACCGCAGACACUUCUCAAUUAAACCGAAUUCAGGGUGGUCGUCGUUCGUAUGUCGACCACGAGGCAGCGGCCAUUUUAAAUCAAGCGAACUCCCAGCGGUGUUUGGCUCUAUUUCUGUGGAACUAAAAACGGACACUUUUUCUGCCAAACACAGCUGAAACAACGGAACGCCUGGCUGCCUCCACGAAACCAUACGAACACCGGCCGUUCGGGAGUUUUUGAGCAUACGAAAAGACUUAACCCAGAUAGCCUUCCCAUGGAGUCAUUCGUAUACCGAAAGACUGUAAGAACUUUGACUCCAUGGCGAUUGAACUAUGUGUGUGGGAUCUGAGCGCUAUUCGCUAAUAAUAUGCACUCAGAUCCAGGCUAUCUGGGGAUAUGUAAUACGAAUGGGAAAUGUUCGGUUUUUGUGAAGUUAUAUAUUUUUAUGUCUUUUGUGAUUUUAUAUUUAAAAUGGCGACUGGCUUUGUUCUGGAGUUAAUUGAGUUACUUGGUAAUUAUCUCCAGGACAGAGGGGAGGGAAUCAUAAUGCACUGUGGGUAAAAUCUGUAACUGUAUGUUUGGAAUGUCCCCAUGUCUAUCUGUAAUUCCAGUCUCCCAUUUGGUCCCCUAGGGGAGUGUCCACCAAGUGGGAGACCUGCAUAAAUACGGGCAGGUAGCCCACAGUAAAACCAGAUCCUGUUUGACCCUCAAUGCGGAGCUUCUGUCUCGUUAUUGGGGGGAUGUCUUCUUCAAGUUUAGAGACUGCUGGAUGGAACGGAAGCCGCUUGGUGAAUAUUGCUGUUCGACGGUUACCAGCAGUUCAUGUAUUGCCGUUCGGGAGUUUGGAGCCGUUCACGGAUCUCGUUCGGGAGAUUGCCGCUUCCCCUGCAUUUGGUUCGUAAAUUACAGAUUAAGCGAACGGAGACUGUACUGCAGCCGGGGAAGGUCUACUAAACGGCGGUUUUGCCUAAAGACACUGGAGGUGUCUUAACAGAUCUGUACACUAAAACUGCUUUAUUUAGCUAAAGUAAUUUACGUGACUAUAGUGUUCCUUUAAUGUGUAGUAUACAUCUUAAUGUACGACAUACAGCAUAAUGUAUAGUAUACAACUUAAAGGUGCACUAUAGGGUCAGGAACAGAAACAUGUAUUCCUGACCCUAUAAUGUUAAAACCACCAGCUAGCCCCCCUGGGCCCCUCAUGCCUCCAUAAAUAUAGUAAAAUCAAGCCUGAAGCUGUAACUCUGCAUGCUGUUAGACUCAGAAAAACAAGCAGUGUGCUGACAUCAUCAGAAGUGGUAGCCUGAUCCAAUCACAAUGCUUCCCCAUAGGAUUGGAUGAGACUGACAAAGAGGCAUAUCAGGGGCAGAGCCAGCACAAUUCAAACACAGCCCUGGCCAAUCAGCAUCUCCUCAUAGAGACACAUUGAAUCAAUGAAUCUCUAUGAGGAAAGUUCAGUGUCUGCAUGCAGAGGGAGGAGAUACUGAAUGUUUGGAUGCAUUUUAGGCAGCCAUGACCCAGGAAGGAUCUCUAACAGCCAUCUGAGGAGUGGCCAGUGAAGUUCUCACUAGGCUGUAAUGUAAACACUGCAUUUUCUCUGAAAAGACAGUGUUUACAGAAAAAAGCCUGAAGUUAAUGAUUCUACUCACCAGAACAAAUUCAAUAAGCUGUGGUUGUUCUGGUGACUACAGUGUCCCUUUAAUGUGCAGUAUACAGCUUAAUGUAUAAUAUACAGAUUAAUGUGCAGUAUACAGCCUAUUGUACGGUAUACAACUUAAUGUAUAAUAUACAGCUUACUAUAUUAUAUACAGAUUAAUGUACAAUAUAUAGCUUAAUGUACGGUAUACAGCUUAAAGGACCACUAUAGUGCCAGGAAAACAAACUCGUUUUCCUGGCACUAUAGGGCCUUUGGAUCCCCCCCACCCUCAGGGUCCCCCUCCCGCCGGGCUCAAGAGGGGUUAAGGGGUUAAACUGUUACCUUUCUCCAGCACCGGGCUCCCUCAGCGCUGGGGACUCUCCUCCCUCUUCCGAUGUCAUCUUCCAAAUGCACGCAUUCAGUCAGUCCAUAGGAAAGCAUUUCUCAAUGCUUUCCUAUGGACGGCAACAUCUUCUCACUCUGAAAUUCUCAGUGAGCAUUGUCUCUAGCGGCUGUCAAUGAGACAGCCACUAGAGGCUGGAUUAACCCUAGUGUAAACAUAGCAGUUUCUCUGAAACUGUUAUGUUUACAGCUGCAGGGUUAACCCUAGAUGGACCUGGCACUCACACCACUUCAUUGAGCUGAAGUGGUCUGGGUGCCUAUAGUGGUCCUUUAAUGUACGGUAUACAGCUUAAUGUACAAUAUACGGCUUAUUGCACACUGACCGCAGUCCACUGUUUCUUGGGUAUGUUGUUAGACCCUAAUCUAUGUUUUGGCCUCCACAUAGAAAAGCUUGCAUCUCAACUUUAUCCAAAACAAGGUGCCCUGUACAGAAACAAAUCCUGCCUAAGCCCUACAGUAAAGGAAAAGAUUGUACAGCAAAUGCUGACGAAUCAUUGAUUAUGAGGAUGUAGUAUAUGCACCUGCACCACAAUCCCACAUUAAUAAACUCAACACAUUGUAUAACUUGUUCUGCCGAUUUGUGCUACAAUGUAAUUACAGGACUCACCAUUGUGACAUGCUAAAAGAACUAAACUGGCUGUGGCUGGAAUCCAGACGCACCCUUUAUCUUUCCAGCCUUGUGUUUAAGAGCUUUUCUGGGAAGAUCCUGCCCUACCUGAGCAGAAUGCUCUCCCUGGCUGUUUCCACCUCCUAUAACCUCCGAUCCAGCACCAACACUUUAUUUAGUCUACCUCAAUACAAAAAGAAAGCAGCCAGCUCCUCCUUCUCCUACAGUGCGCCGCAAUUGUGGAACUACCUCCCGCACACUUUAGUAUCUGCCCCAAGCCUAAAGUCCUUUAAGAAAUCCCUCUCUACAUACCUCAAAACAGAACGCACCUGUCAUGGUUGAUUAUAUAUUUUCUACCUGUUCUAUGUUAAAUAUAUUGUGUAUAAUAUUGUUUUUUGUAUUUUAUUGUACCAUAAUGUAACAAUGCAAUGUUUUAUGGACCCAGGACAUACUUGAAAACGAGAGAAAUCUCAAUGUAUCUUUCCUGGUAAAAUAUUUUAUAAAUAAAUAAAAUAAAUUGUGCCGUAUACGGCUUAAUGUACGGUAUACAGCUUAAUGCAUGGUAUACAACUUAAUGUAUAAUAUAUAGCUAAAUGUUCAGUAUACAGCUAAAUACAGAUUAAUGGACAGAAUGUAGCUUGAUCUACAGUAUACAGCUUAAAGUAUUGAAUACAGAUUAAUGUGCAGUAUACAACUUAAAUGGAUACUGCAGUGCCAGGAAAACAAAGCUGUGUUCCUGGCACAACUGAUCCCUCACGCCUCCCCUCCCGGGUAAAUAAAGGGUUAGAAACCCUUUAUUUACUUACCUGAUCCCAGCGCCGAUGUCCCUCGGUGCUGGGUCGAAGCUCCGCCCCCUCCUCUGUCCCUCGACGAGCGGGGUCUAAUGCACAUGCGCGGUGUGGCGAAAGUAACCUUGCCACUGGUUCUUGGAGGGGCCUGUUUGCAAGCCUCCUACCCUGUGUUAAAACCCUGGUGAAAACCACUGUUUGUGCUUUUUUGGAAUUAGACAGUAACACUUUGAACUCCCGAAGUGGUUCGAAUCGGCACUUCGAAUUCCUGAACUCUCAAAGCGGCAUUCGAACCUGUGGCAGCGGCCAUUUUUAGCCGCAAGCAAAAUUAGUGGUGUUUGGUCGUUGAGUGCAUGGAACUCAAAUCGGACACUCAGUGUACAAACCUUUAUCUGGAAAUCUAUUCAUAAACAGGCCUAUACAUAGGACACGAGGUCACACAUUUAGGCUGGAAGAAAGGAGAUUUCAUCUAAGGCAAAGAAAAUGUUUUUUUACAGUAAGAACAAUAAGGAUAUGGAAUUCUCUGCCUGAAAAGGUGGUUUUGUCAGAGUCCAUACAGAUGUUUAAACUGAAAUUGGAUAAAUACUUACAAAAACAUAACAUACAGGGAUAUAAUUUCUAAUUAGUGGGCUAAUAGCUGCUUGAUCCAAGGAGACAUCUGACUGCUAUUUUGGGGUCAAGAAGGAAUUUUUUCCUAGUUUGUGGCAAAAUUGGAAGCGCUUCAGACCAGAUUUUUUGCCUUCUUUUGGAUCAACAGCAACAACAUUUGUGAGGAAGGCUGAACUUGAUGGACGCAAGUCUCUUUUCAGCUAUGUAACAGUGGGAACACCGCUAAAUCCCUUCCAUGGAUGUUCGGCUAUUCAAACGGGAGUCUAACGGUGUUCAGUGGGAAUAAGCUCCGAAACCAGAGACAUAGACUAAGUGCCAUACGAACUCUCUACGUUCCAUAUUUUGAACGUUACUUCAAAUCAGUGAAGUAGACCGGCCGCACAGCCUGAUUCUCCGGAACUGUUUUGGGCAUGGGACCGUGCGGUCGGUCAAAAUGUGACUUCCAGGAAAUUCCUGAACCCCUGAACUGAUCUGGGUGAUUUUUGGAUAUAUUGGUCACCAAGAUCAGGGCUAUCAGGGGAUGUAACAUUUGUGGGGAUACUAUGUGUUUUUAGGUACUUUUGGGACUUUACAGAAAUGUGUGUUUUUUUUUUUUCCUGUCUGGAGAUAAAUGAGUUAAUAUAGUAUCUGGCUCAAUUAUCUCCCAGGCAGAGGGGAGGGAUUGGGAGUGUCGUGCAAUUGAACUCUAUUAUCAUUGGUCUGUGACGGUGUAAAUCAGUCCAUCGUAAAUCAGUCCAACGGUGUAAAUCAGUCCAUGUGGGAUUGUCAUAUAAGGCCAAGUGUGGCACCAUUAAAACCUUAUUCCAGCUUUCACUCCAAAACUGCGUGUCGUCCUGUUAUUGGAGGGAAAGAAAAUUUACUCCUGUGUCUGCUGUUCCAGCUUGCAGGGAAUUCAACGGGGAAAGUCCUUCUAAGGACUGAAGCUCCCAGGACUGAGUGUCGUCCAGUGCCUGGGGGUGUCUAGAGCGAAUUCCCCAUGGUCCCUGGGGCCCCAGUCAAGCCACGGCGAGUGUGGGCAGAAGUGCUGCAGUUUGUCCCCUGUUACAGCUAGGAAGCGGUCCUUGGCAGAGGUACCCAGCGAGGGGUACAGGGAGCUCUGUUACACACGGCAAUGGCCACACUAGCAUUAGAUCUCCCCUUAGGAAAGCAUUAUUCAAUGCAUUCCUAUAAGGAUUCCGGUGACGCUGGAGGUCCUCAUUCAGAGCUUGAGGACGUCCAGCGUAAUUUAAAACACUUUUCGUGUUCUAAGAUGCCGAAAGCAUCAUCUAGCACAGGGGUCAGCAACCUCCGGCAUGUGUGCCAAGUAUGGCAUUGCAGGUGCCUUUGCACAGCACUCAAGGCUGCUAGAGCCAAACAGGCUCUGGCCUAUCAGGAGUCCCAGUGAAACUUCAACUAUCUGCUAGUGCAAAAAGUUGGUGAGGGACAAUUCUCAAUUUACACAUUGCAGCACUUAGAUACCCAGCUCUUGUGAACGGGAAUCCACAAUGAAGUAGAGGAGCCCACAGCAGCUAUCACAGUUCCUGCCCUUGACCUGUACCUAGCCAGCCUGGCCCCCAAUGAAGCCACCCUCACUUCUAGAUAUACACAGAGCUGCAGAAUAAGCUUGCACCUUAUACAAAUAAUGCAAACAUCCCACGCACAAACCCACACACACAGACCGCACAAAACCACUGACAAUAAUACACACACACACAACCAAAAAAGCAGCCUCAUACACAAACCAUCCAAACACACUAUGUGACAUAUCAUCCACACACAAUGCCACAAGCAGCCCCCAAACACAUAGGUAACACACCUCAAUUUAAAAAUAAACUAAAAAAAACAAGUCUGGCACACCAGGGGGACUACAAGAUCUUGUUUUGGCACAGUACUACUAAAAGGUUGCCUACUCCUGAUCUAGCGGCUGUCUGUUUUGACUAACAGGGCUAAGGGGAGAGAGGCAAGGCACCUAGACCACUCCAAUGAGCUGAAGUGGUCUGGGUGCCUGGUGUGUCCCUUUAAUGUAUACAGCUUAAUGUAUAAUUCUAACUCUCUCCUUGACCCUCUUCAAUCUGACUUCCGCCCUCUCUACUCUACUGAGACUGCUCUUAUCAAAGUUACUAACUGUUACAAGAAUCCUACAAACUGUGGCAGAAGUACUUCUUUUUGUUUCCCAAUACCCUGUUCGGUAUUCAGACCGUGCGAAUACAUUCCCCGACCAGUUAUAACUAUUUAUUCGGGUAUAAGAACGACGGACCACCCAGCCCUUGGCGUGUGCCGCCACUUAACCCCGGUCACCUUUGAAAGUACCGAACAGCCGACCACCCCCACAAGGGGAGCGUGCCGCUAAUUGAUCGCCGGGAAGCUGCGGUCUGCAGUUAACCACAAGCAUAAUUGACUAUCUCUGGGUGGCCUCAUUCAUGUAAUAAUUCACCGAACUGAAUUCACGAAAGACUCCCAAACGAGGCCCACCCGCAUCCUGGCGUGUGUUCCCAACUAGAACAUUGAAGCUGCGGUUAACCGCAAGUUAAGUUCCCCCUUUCAUGGCGGUCUCCGUUCGGUAAGACAACCAGCCUGUGAGCGGUAUUCGCGUAAUUGUUCAGCCGUUACUCGUUCCAGGGAUUUUAGGUCCAUGUCCCGCUGGCCAUCUAUCAACCUAAAAACAUGGCCGCCAUCUAGUGUUUGGGACAAAAGACACGAAUGGACUUUAUAUCAAGGAACCUAGCCAUAUCAUUCGUGAGUUCUGAGCGCUAUUUAUCCAUCUGCUGCGCUCAGAACUGGGCUACAUAAUGAACAGUAGAAUGGGAAAUAUGUCUAUUAAAGUUAUGUAAUUUUAUACAGUUUUAUGUGUUGUACUAAAACGUGGGAUUUUGGGCGCUUGGAGAUAAUUACAUUGUCCCAACCGUUGGACUCAUUAUCUCCAAGCUGGGCGGUAACAAUUUCAAAGGAUACAUUGUAUUACUAUUGUAUUACUAUUGGUCAACUGCUCGUAUUGUCACUGUAUCCCAGAGGGGGUUGUCCCUGGACCUGGCGUUUUACAUAAAUAGUGAUGCCUGUGUGCCAUUAAAGCCAGUUAGUUUUACCCUCAACUCGCAGCCUCGACUUGUGUUGUAGGGAACUGGGAAUCCUAGCUUUACUAUUGCUAGUGGGAUAUUCUACAUUUACAGGUUUCUACCGUUUGAAGCCGUGUUCGACUCUCCAAGUUCGGGAACCAGGACAUCCAAGCGAUUCAGCCUCCUGCUAGACCGGAGUCAAUCGUAACACUAACGACCUAAUCACAGCUAAAUACAAAGGCAGCUACUCCAUACUAAUUCUUCUUGACCUCUCUGCUGCCUUUGACACCGUUGAUGGUGCUCUCCUUCUUCAAACUCUUCAAUCCCUGGGUCUCUGUGUCUCUGUCCUCUCGUGGUUCUCCUCCUAUGUCUCCCAAAACUCAUUAAGUGUCUCCUUUUCUAAUGACACCUCCUACCCUCUUCCUGUCUCGGUUGAAGUCCCCCAAGGCUCUGUACUCUUGGCAAACUUAUUACCUCUUUUGGAUUCCACUACCACCUGUACACUGAUGACACUCAGAUAUGUCUCUCCUUCACGGACAUCUCUCCUGACAUCCUGCAACGCGUCACUGCUUGCCUUUCUUCCAUCGCUGACUGGAUGUCCUCCUGCUUUCUGAAACUCAAUCUCUCUAAAACUGAGCUCCUUGUCUUUCCUCCUCUUUCGCUCUCCCUUCAAGUUCAUCCUUGCAAGCGCGCUGUCUUGGCGUCAUAUGUGAUCCUGGCCUCACCUUUGAUCCUCACAACCAGUAUGUUGCCAAAUCCUGUAGAUUCUAUUUUAAAAACAUAGCCCGAUUCCGCCCCUUUCUUAAGCAAGAUGCUACCAAGGACCUUGUCCAUGCUCUAGUAAUUUCUCACAUGCAUUAUUGUAACCCUAUCCUAAUUGGUCUUCCCAAAAGCCGUAUUGCCCCGCUACAGCCUGUAAUGAAUGCUGCCGCCAGACUGAUUUUCCUGUUUAGUCGGUCCUCUCACACCCAAACCCUCUGUCAGUCCUUACAUUGGCUUCCUGUAUCCUAUAGGAGUCAAUUCAAAGUGUUAACCCAUACAUAUAAAGCACUGAAUAAUCUUAGCCCCUCUUAUCUCAUCACAGAUCCAUAGAUAUGCCCCUUCUCAGUCUCUCCGCUCUGCCUGUGACCUUCUUCUGUCCACUGCUCGUACCCGUACAGCCAACUCACGCUUGCAGGACUUCUUGCGGGUGGCUCCCUUCCUAUGGAAUAGCCUGCCUACCGCCAUCAGACUCUCCCCUAGUCUUAAAUCGUUUAAGAAGUGCCUUAAAACCCAUCUAGGAAAGCUUAUGGCCUCCCAGACUAACCUCUACCUCACAUACCUGUCUCUUGCUCUUUCCUAAAGGGCAGCACUCAACUCUCUCCUCCAGCUCUGCCUCACUCCCACCUUAUUUGAUUGCUAUUUCCUGUCCUAAUGUGUUUUACACCCCACCUCCUAUAGACUGUAAGCUUGUUUGAGCAGGGUUCUAUUAAACCUAUCGUUUCUGUAAGUUGUCUUGUAAUUGUCCUAUUUAUAGUUAAAUCCCCCCUCUCAUAAUAUUGUAAAGCGUUAUGGAAUCUGUUGGCGCAUUAUAAAUGGCAAUAAUAAUGUAUAAUAUACAGCUUAAUGUAUGGUAUGCAGCUUAAUAUACGUAUACAUACAUACACACACACACACACACACACUCUUUCUCUAACACUCACACAUUUAUAUAUUUAAUUCUAAUCCACCCAGCCUCCCUACCUUUGGGAGAACUGAGUGGACUUUCUGUGGGGUUUAGUGGGGCUGAUAUUCCUGCGCGUGAGGGAGCCGUCUUCAUGCAGGUCCUCUCUGCUCCCUCGCACUGUCUGCAGUUGAGCCGGAAUUACGUCAUAUUCCUGUUCCCGGCAUUAUUACACAGCGCGAGGGAGCAGAGAGGAGCUGCAGGAAGACUGCUCCUUUGCACACUGCCCCAGCCUGCCACCUCCAUACCUCCCGCAGGCGGCCGGCUACAAAGCUCCCUGAGUUGGCCGCCUCCAUACCUCCCAGGGCUGACGCCUCAAUGCUCCCAUGGGCUGCCGGCUACACAGCUUCAUUGUUUGCCCAGCCGGCCACUUUAGGUAAAAGGCUGACAAAUCCCAGACGCCAGGGCAAAAUUUCUAGUCGCCAUGGCGACCUGGCACCUGGGGUUUGUUGAGGCCUUGCUUAAUGUAUGGUAUACAGCUUAAUUUACAGUAUACUGCUUAAUGUACAGUACACAAUAUAAUGUACAAUAUAGCUUAAUUUAAUUUACAGUAUACUGCUUAAUGUAUAGUAUACAGCUUAAUGUACAAUAUAUAGCUUAUAGGGACUCUUCAGUGCCAGGAAAACAAAUCCGUUUUCCUGGCACUGCAGAGUGCUGCAGUGCUCCUCUCUCUCCUACCCCCCAUCCCAUGUUGCUGAAGGGGUUAAAUCACCUUCAGUGACUUGCGUGAAUCUAGCGCUGAUGUCCCUCAGCGCUGGGUCAGACUCCGCCCACGCUCCUCCCCCGCCGAUGUCAGCCGGCGGGGCAGACCUAAUGCACAUGCGCAGCCAUGCCCAUUAUUGAAUAAUGCUUUCCUGUGGGGGUUUCGGCGACGCUGGAGGUCCUUGUGCAUAGCGUGAGGACGUCCAGCAUCGUUUAAAACGCUUCUUGUGUUCUAAGAACACGAAAGUCCCUCUAGUGCCUGUCUGAUAGACAGCCACUAGAGGAGGACUUAACUCUGCAUGGUAAUUAUUGCAGUUCGUAAAAACUGCAAUAAUUACACUUGCAGGGUUAAGGGUGAUGGGAGUUGGCACCCAGACCACUCCAACUGGCAGAAGUUGUCUGGGUGCCUAGAGUGACCCUUUAUUGUACAGUAUACAGCUUCAUUUAUAGUAUACAGCUUAAAGGAACACCGUAGGGUCAGAAACACAAACCUGUAUUCCUGACCCUAAAGUGUCAAAGCCACCAUUUAGCCACCCCUGGCCACCUUGCCUCCCUAAAUAUAGUAAAAUCUUACUUGUAUUCAAGUCUGCAGCUGCUGCCUCUGCCCCGAUCUGCCUGCUUACAGCUGACACCAUCAGCAGUGAGUCCGUCAGCCAAUCACAAUACUUUCCCAUAGGAUUGGCUGAGCUUGUCAAGGAGGAAGAUCGGGGGCAGAGCCAGCACAAGUCAAACACAGCGGCCAAUCAGCAUCUCCUCAUAGAGAUGCAUUGAGUCAAUGAGGAAAGUUCAGUGUCUCCAUGCAGAGGGUGGGCACUCCAAUGACACUGAAUGUCAGUCACACUGUGUAGCACUGCCCCAGGAAGCAUCUCUAGCAGCCAUCUAAGGAGUGGCUAGUGGAGGUAUCCCUAGGCUGUAAUGUAAACACUGUAUUUUCUCUGAAAUGCCUGAAGGGAUUGAUUAUACUCACCAGAACAAAUUCAAUAAGUUGUAGUUGUUCUGAUAACUAUAGUGUCCUUUUAAUGUAUUUUAUACAGUUUAAUGUACAGUAUACGGCUUAAUGUACAGUGUACAACUUAAUGUAGUUGUUCUGGUGUCAAUAUCCUGUCCCUUCAGGCAUGUAAACACUGUGUUUCGGAGAAAAGGCAGUGUUUACAUUGCUCGCUAGGGACCCCUCCAAUGACAGUAAUUUCCCGGGUCAGUGCUGCACAAUGUGAGGCAGUGAAUUUUUCGCAUAGAAAUGAUUGAUUCAAUGCAUCUUUGAGGAGAUGCUGAUUGGCUAGCACAGCAUUUUGCUCCAUCUCCACGCUUUCUCAUCAGAAUUGACAAUCUCAGCCAAUCCAAUGCUUUCUCCACCAAGGAUGCGGGUUAGCGGCAGGGCCCGGCAGACAUGUGCAGUGCUGGAAUGAAGGUACAUCUUUAUCCUAUUUAAAGGGGUGGGGGGCGGCCACCUAAAUCAGGGUUUGGCAAAUUUGCUUUGAAUCUAUUUUUUUUGUCAAGACACACACACCAUGAAAGGCAGACACACACACUCACAAAUUAUUGCUUGUUUUAAUAAAACUUUAUUCCACCAAGCCUCCCUACCUUUGGGAGAGCUGGAGUGGAUUGGUUUACCCUGAGUGGGUGACCGGCUAGAAAGUAGUUGAGGUGGGCAUCCGGCUGGGGAGAGGGUGGAGACGGGUGGUGAGGGAGCGGUAUUCUUCCUCGCAUGCCACUUAGUGAGGAAUAUGAUGACAUUCUGGCCCUGACCUCAUAAGCAGCGCGUGAGGGAGCGCAGCAGUGCAGGGAGAUCAUCGCUGCCUGCCCACAAUACAUGCAGCUGCCGGCCUCCACUCUCCCACUGUCAGCCACUCGCCUCAGAGGUAAAUGGCUCACAAAUCCCAGGCCCCAGGAGAAAAUUCAUAGGAGCCAUGGUGACCGGGUGCUUGAGAUCAUCAUAGGCUCACUAUGGCGGUCACUAUAGGGUCAGCAUACACGUUUAUAUUCCUAACACUAUAGUGUUCCUUUAAAUCUAAUUCCGCUGCAUUCUCCCAUGCCAGGGGCAUUGCCGGGUCAAUAAAUACACUUGGUGACCUCAAACUGCUCCCCCAAACUUCACCAAGAUCCGCCUCUCAAGACACUGAUAAACCUAAACAUGGACAAACACAUACAGUCAGAGACACACACAUACACAGCCAGGCAGAGACACACUAUAAAUAAAAGAAAAUACUGGUGGGGGGCAGGCAGUGGCAGUCGGGUAACUGUUCAUGUGCUUUACUCUGUGACUCUGCUAUCUCUUAAACAGCCAAAUCUCUAGUUUUUUAUUCCCAUAUUGUUCAAUGUGCGUCUCGGCUAGGAGUUAGUGAGAGAUGCUGAAAUAUGAGGUUGUGUUUUGAAUGUGUCACUAUUUAAACUGUGCUGCUUUUGGGCAAACAAUAUUUGGAGGACUGGAGCUCCUCCCCAGCAAUGCGCAUGUUUCUCCCAGGAUCACAUCCAUCCUGCAAGCUGCUCAUUGAGGGUGUUUGGUGGUUAGUGUGCCUGUUGCUGACGCCGUACAAGUCAUGUAUUGUUUGUGUCUUUACAGCUUAACUCUGGUUACCACAUCUCGGGCAGCUCGGGGGGAUUCCAGGGCGGACAGACGACUCUCACUGUACAGAAAGUAAAGUCCCCAUUCUCUAUAGCGAGCGCAUUUCUUAUAUCUCUGCUGUCAGUCUUACUUCCCUUUCUUUCUUUUUAAUGGCCCUCUCUCUUUCAAUCAGGGUUAUUCACUCAAAUUUCGGGACAAACUGCAAAAUUCGAUGACUAGGAACAUUUUACAGUUUGGCUAUUUUUUGUUCUUAAAUUUGAAAUUUUCUCUUUAAAUUCCUGACAAUUCUCCUUAUAGUGAAUAACCCCGACUUUAUCUUGCUUUCUGUCUUUUUCUUCCAAUGUGUUUGUGUCCCUUCAUUUCUGCAUCAAUCUGUCCGUGUGUUUGUCUGUUUCUGUAUUUCUCUUAUUCCUCCCUGUGUCUUAUCUUCUGUUAUUGUAUCUCUCUUUCCCUCUGUGUAUAUUUGUGAGCCUCCUUUCCCAUCUGUUUCUCUCUUCUGUAAGUUAUGUCUCUCUUUUUAUCUUUCUCUAUCUCUCUGUGUGGUUGUCUUUGUGUCUCUCUCUUGUUCUGUUUGUGUCUCCUUCCCCCCUCUCUCUCUCUCUCUCUCUCUCUCUCUCUCUCUCUCUCUCUCUCUCUCUCUCUCUCUCUCUGUUUUUAUUUGUCUCUUUUGUUCUCUUUGUAUCUGUCUCCUUUUCUGACCCUCUCUCUUUCUAUUUGUCUUUGUGUCUCUCUCUUGUUCAAUGCUUAUGCGUCUGUUUCCUUUGCGGUCUGACUAUCUGUCUCCCCCUCUGUUUCUAUAUGUACGGCUGUUGCUGAUGGUGAUGUUUUGUCCUGCAGUUUGAGAUGUUGAACGCAGAGCUUGAGCAGAACCAGGAGCUCGCCAAUAGUCGCAUGUGUGAGCUUGAGAAGCUGCAAAAUGAGCUGCAAUCUGCUGUCCGGCUGAAAGAGAAGCUCAAGGUAGUGUACCUCCAGGAAACGUAAACUCUGUCAGUCGGGUACUUCUCCAUCUCACCCUUUCUAUUCUCUCUUUCUCCAGCUGGACCUGAGAACCCUUCCAGAGGAAGCUGUACGUAGCACGCAGGAUUUUCGCUGUCUGCAGUCUCAGUUCUCGGUCCUUUACAACGAAUCUCUGCAGGUGAAGACACAGUUGGAUGAAGCUCGCGCCCUUCUGCUCAGCACAAAGAACAGCCACCUGCGGCAGAUCGAGCGCAUGGAGGUACAGUCUGCAGGACAGGCUGCUAGGUGCCCCAAGGUUUGGAUAGUCCAAAUAUUGGGGGCUCAGGAGGCUAUUGGGGGCUAAGAAUAUAUAAGAAUGGAUAGUGUCAGUGUUUGAGAUGGUGGGUCACACAGUAGAUCGUGUCAAUGUCCUUGGUUGGUGGGUUGUAGAGUUAAUAUCGUCCAUGUCCAUGGGUGGUGGGUAGCGUUGGUGUCCUGAGGUGGUGGAUCACAGAAUGGAUAGCAUUAGUGUCCUUGUGUGGUGAGUCGUAGAGUAGAUUGGGAAGGUUGCAUUGUAGGAUAAUGUCAACUGGAUUGUUUAUUGUGCCUGGCUAUUGUUGCAGAGUGAAGAACUCUCUGUCCAGAAGAAGCUUCGCACAGAAGUUAUCCAGCUUGAGGACACACUUGCUCAAGUACGCAAAGAGUAUGAAAUGCUAAGGAUUGAGUUUGAACAGAAUCUUGCUGCCAAUGAACAAGCUGGUAAGAGGAAAGCAUUCCAAGGGGAAUAGAAGAUAAUUUGUAACUGUAUGAAUUUAUUCCCUAAAUGCUUUGCAGGUCCCAUUAAUCGGGAGAUGCGUCAUCUUAUUGGUAGUCUCCAAAACCACAACCACCAGCUCAAAGGGGAUGUCCAGAGGUACAAACGCAAGGUGCGAGAUGCCCAAGGAGAGGUGAGCAAGGUGAGAGAGGGACUUGUUAAAUUGAAUGAGCAGUGGGAAGAUAUCGGACGACAUUAAAGAUGGUGUUCUCAAUAUAGACUUAAGCAUGCUGGCCCAGUGUAAUGUGGUAAAGGUCAGAAUGUAGUGGUCCCUGUCUUGUGGUGCAUAGGACAGGACUGAGUGUUCCCUGCUCUGUAGUGGUAAAUGGUAGCAUUGAGCUUUCCCCUGCCAUAUUCUGGUAAAAGAUAGCACUGUGUGGUCAAUGACGACUUCUGGUAAAAGAUAGAACUGAGUGGUCCCUGACGGGUUUUGGUAAAAGAUAGCACUGAGUGGUCCCUGACGGGUUUUGGUAAAAGAUAGCACUGAGUGGUCCCUGACGAGUUUUGGUAAAAGAUAGCACUGAGUUGUCCCUGACGAGUUUUUUUGAUAAAAGAUAGCACUGAGUGGUCCCUGACGAGUUUUGGUAGAAGAUAGCACUGAGUGGUCCCUGAUGAGUUUUGGUAAAAGAUAGCACUGAGUGGUCCUGAUUUUGCAGAGUACUUAUCUUCUAAACUCUUGACAGAUGCGGUACCAGAUGGGGGGAACACCAGUCACACCUGCUAAUGUGUUGGGGGGAGAAACAACUGCUGCUGUUGUGAAGGAAGAGGAACCAGAUGUGAAGAAAGAACCCGUGGGCCCCCUAAUUCGAGACUCUGAGACUCCCACCACCCCCGAGGUAAAAAAGGAAGAAGAGGAAAUUAAGAAGGAGUCUGAGAGGGGGAAAAUACGAGAACGCGAGCCAGAGAGAGAGCGUGAUAAGGAGCGGGAAAGAGAGAAAGAACGCGACAAACAGAAAACAGAGGAAUCCAAGCGCAAAGACUCUGACAUCCUCAAACAACUGAGAGCAGAGCUCAAGUAAGUAAACACUCGCUGUUGCAGAUCAGAAAAUUCAGAUUCGUUCAGGUGGUUUUCUUCUUGUUAUAAUGCAAAAGGGACAUCAUAGGCACCAAAAUUGCUUACGUUUAGUGAAGUAGUUUUGGUGUGGAUCAUGCCUGUGCAGACUUACUGCUCAAUACUCUAUAAUUUAAGAGUUAAAUCACUUUAUUUAUGCAGCUCUAGCCACACCUCCCUGCAUGUGACUUGCACAACCAAAGAGAGAUUUAAUGUUUAAACUUCCUUUAUUGCAAAUUCUGUUUUAUUUAGAAUUUUUUAUAUCCUGCUCUGUUAAUAUCCUUCUAGACCAGGGGUAGGCAACCUUUUAGCAGCACUGUGCCGAUAUAGGAUUGUGAUGUUCAGGAGUAGUUUGUGGUAUCGUGUAUGAUACAUAUGAAUGGGGGCUGCUUGUGGAAUUGUGUGUGGAUGGAUAGGUCACAUUGCGUGUUUGGUAGUGUGUGUAUGUGUGGGGGCUGUUUGGGGUAUUGCAUGUGAGAGAGGCUGCAUCUGGGGUUGUGUGCAUGUAUGUGGAUUGUUAGUGGGUUACGUUUGUGCGGAUUGUAUGUAUGUUUGUUUGUGGGCUGUUCGUAUUAUUUGUAUGAGUAAAUCUAGCAGUGUGGGUGGCUUCCCUGGGUUCCAGUGGGGACCAAGCUGGCCAAGUACAGGUCAAGGACAGGAACUGCAUCAGCAGCUGCAGGCUGCGCCACUACAGUGUGGAUUCCCAUUCACAAGUGCUGGGAGGAAGUGAUCUGACAUCUAUGUGCUGCAAUGCAUAAAUUGAGGAUUGUCCUUGUGACGAGACCAAUCUCGCCACAUUGCAUUGGAGAAGCCUGGUUGCUCGCCUGCUGCCUUUGGACUAUGGCCCCCUUUUAAAAGACUUUAUUUUUGCCUGCAGAAAAGCUGUAUUCGUGCUUUUCUGCCUGGGGUUCGGUAGAUUUGUUUGAAUGUGUUAUACCCCAGAUAGGAAUCCCAUGGAGCCCAUUCGUAUGAAACUGACUGUAAAGACUUUAGCUCCAUGGCGAUUAAACUGUAUUCAUGUGGUCUGAGCGCCAUUCACUUAAUAAUGUGCGCUCGGACCUGAGCUAUCUGGGGAUAUGUUACAUGUCUGUGUUUUAUGUAAUAAAUGUGACUUUAUGUAUUUUAAAGUGUUUUGUGUCUCUUUGCAACCAUGUGCUUAAUGGAGUCUUGUGUCUGUCCUGGGAGAUAAUUGAAUUACUUAUCUCCAGGAUAGAAGACUCUGAAACUGGUUUGGGCCAGAAAGCCAUGCUUCAUUUAGUCACAAAGGACUUUUUACUAACUUUUGAACCCCUUGUCUGAUUUGUGCCAUUUUUGAAUAUGUUGUUCCCCUGAAUGGAUUGAUUGAGAAUAUGUAAUUUUAUGUGAAUGUGAUGUAUGGUUUUGGAGUUAUGAAAGUUGGGUAGAAAGUAUGUUUUAACUGUUUGUAUAAUUGAGUUUCCUCUCAGGAUAAGGGGAGGGAAUAUGUGGGAUGUAACUGUGAUAUGAUUGGUUGUUUUAUCCCUCCCUGUGGGUGGUCCUGUAUUUGAAACACUGUAAUAAAAACCAGGCUGGGUGUGCCAGCACCUCAGACCACUGCUUGACCCUCAACACAGAGCCUUGUCUCGUUCUUGGGGGGAUUCACUGUAUGCUGUUAGAGACUGAUUGCCAGGAGUGUAAGCUGCUUGGGAGCUUUUCCUGUUCGUCUGCUAGCAGCUAUUUGGGAGGUUCCAGUUCGGGAGUUGGAGUGCUAUUUUGUAUCCAGUUUGGGAGUUUGAUGUUCUGCAGUAGCUGUGCCUGUAUCUCUGGAAAGGGGGCCGAUCGCCUAAACGGUUUUUACCCCUUGUGUGCAAAACGGUCCGUUACAAUUGGUGGCAAGCGGCGGGAUCGUUCCUACAGCCAGAAGGACAGCUACAGGAGACACCAUUUCUUUGGAUUUUACAAUUUGAGGGCAACGCAUGUCCCAGUACAGCGACCCUGACAGCACCAGCAUGGAACCAGCAGUGGAGUAUGACGAGGGUGCCAUGGAUGACCGAGAUGCAGUCCGUAAAGGCAUCUGGUACCAGGCACUGGGUAUUGUGGAGUACCAGCGGGGCAAGAGACUCCCCAAGGAAGACCAGCGGUUGCAGAAGCGAGUAGCCCUGCGGAUGCCCUUCCUGGGAGAGCAGCCCCUAGAUGAAUGGGUGAAGGAAUUGGAGCACCGGGUAUGGCAGGAGAUUUGGCUGGAAGAUGCCUACCAGGCGCUCUGGUGGUAUGGGGCACAGUACCUGCCCUGGACAGCCGAGCAUGACAAGCCAGAGGGAGAGGAGUUUGAUGGUCCUGGCUUGUUAUGGGAGGCUUUUUCAGAGCCUGAAUUUGGGAGCCCUACACAAGCCCGGUUCAGUGAUCUCUUGGAGUGGAGGGAGAGCAGGUAUGACUGGGACGACACUCACGACAUUGAGCAAGACCUGGCUCACCUAGCAACCCUGGAGUGGGAACUGGAGCAGGACUACCGAGAUCUCUUCCACUCCAUUGAGAAGAUUCAGCAGGACAGCAAGGUGUCAGAGCCAGAGCCAGACCCAUUCAGAGGGGACGAGAUGGUACAGUUUUACUGGGAAGAACCCCAGGUGGCCGGUAGAGAUGGGACCGAGGUCUCUCCACCGGUCCUGCAGGGAAUUGGGAGCCCAGUCUCCAUUCCCCAGCGGCAGUGUAAAGUGCAGGGAGAGGAGAGCAGUAUCCUCCCUCCCCAGCGGCAGGCUGAGUUACAGGGGGCAGAGGUAGUUGUUCCUGCCCCCCAGCAGCAGAGUGAUAUGCCGGGAAGGCAGUGUGAAGUCCAGGGAGAGGAGAGCAGCGUCCUCCCUCCCCAGCGGCAGGCUGAGUUACAGGGGGCAGAGGUAGUUGUUCCUGCCCCCCAGCAGCAGAGUGAUAUGCCGGGAAGGCAGUGUAAAGUGCAGGGAGAGGAGGCAGUGUCCUCCCUCCCCAGCGACAGGCUGAGUUACAGGGGGCAGAGGUAGUUGUUCCUGCCCCCCAGCAGCCAAGUGAUAUGCCGGGAAGGCAGUGUGAAGUCCAGGGAGAGGAGAGCAGUGUCCUCCCUCCCCAGCGGCAGCGUGAUUUUUUGGGAAUUGGGAGCCCAGUCUCCAUUCCCCAGCGGCAGUAUGAUGUUUUGGGAAUUGGGAGCCCAGUCUCCAUUCCCCAGCGGCAGCACAGAUUAUUGGGAAUUGGGAGCCCCGUCUCCAUUCCCCAGCGGCAGAGUGUCCUACCGGGAAUAGAGAGCCCAGUCUCCUUUCCCCAGCAGCAGGACUCUGUAUUGGGAGCAGAGACAGUCGGUCUCCCUUCCCCGCAGCUGGAAGUAUGUAUGAGAGAGGAGCAUGUUACCCCCUCUCCCCAGCGGCAGCUUAAUGUAUCAGGGGGAGACAGUAAGCCCCACAACUGUGCAGAUGGGACCGUAGUCUCUACACUGCCAGCACAGGGGGUAGGGACGGUCGGUCCUGCCCCCCAGCGACAGGGCUGUUUAGCCAAAGGGGAGACAGUCGGUCUCCCCCUCCAGCAGCAGAGAUGGGUAACCAAAGGGGAGACGGUCGGUCUCCAGCAGCAGGACUGUGCAUCUAAAGGGGAGACAGUCAGUCUCCAGCAGCAGAGCGGUGUAUUUAAAGGGGAGACAGUCGGUCUCCCCCUCCAACAACCAGGCUUCAACCAGGCUAUCCUCCCAGUAGCGCUGGCAACAGGGCAGAGUGCCGCUGGUCUCUGCCCACGCAGCAACCCACCAAGUCAGCGUACCCGUACCCAGCCCAGCCGUGGUGAGGCACCUGGACAUGGACAAGCUUCUCCUUUACCCAAGUGUAGUAACCAUUUAUUGUGGGUGGGCUGUGCUGUUGAUUAUUUGUUGUGGGUGGGCUGCUGGACUAACAAGGGCACUGACCGGCAGGAGGUCAGAUACCCUGUUAGUCUGUUUGGAAAAGGGGAGAGAUGUGACGAGACCAAUCUCGCCACAUUGCAUUGGAGAAGCCUGGUUGCUCGCCUGCUGCCUUUGGACUAUGGCCCCCUUUUAAAAGACUUUAUUUUUGCCUGCAGAAAAGCUGUAUUCGUGCUUUUCUGCCUGGGGUUCAGUAGAUUUGUUUGAAUGUGUUAUACCCCAGAUAGGAAUCCCAUGGAGCCCAUUCGUAUGAAACUGACUGUAAAGACUUUAGCUCCAUGGCGAUUAAACUGUAUUCGUGUGGUCUGAGCGCCAUUCACUUAAUAAUGUGCGCUCGGACCUGAGCUAUCUGGGGAUAUGUUACAUGUCUGUGUUUUAUGUAAUAAAUGUGACUUUAUGUAUUUUAAAGUGUUUUGUGUCUCUUUGCAACCAUGUGCUUAAUGGAGUCUUGUGUCUGUCCUGGGAGAUAAUUGAAUUACUUAUCUCCAGGAUAGAAGACUCUGAAACUGGUUUGGGCCAGAAAGCCAUGCUUCAUUUAGUCACAAAGGACUUUUUACUAACUUUUGAACCCCUUGUCUGAUUUGUGCCAUUUUUGAAUAUGUUGUUCCCCUGAAUGGAUUGAUUGUGAAUAUGUAAUUUUAUGUGAAUGUGAUGUAUGGUUUUGGAGUUAUGAAAGUUGGGUAGAAAGUAUGUUUUAACUGUUUGUAUAAUUGAGUUUCCUCUCAGGAUAAGGGGAGGGAAUAUGUGGGAUGUAACUGUGAUAUGAUUGGUUGUUUUAUCCCUCCCUGUGGGUGGUCCUGUAUUUGAAACACUGUAAUAAAACCAGGCUGGGUGUGCCAGCACCUCAGACCACUGCUUGACCCUCAACACGGAGCCUUGUCUCGUUCUUGGGGGGAUUCACUGUAUGCUGUUAGAGACUGAUUGCCAGGAGUGUAAGCUGUUCGUCUGCUUUUCCUGUUCGUCUGCUAGCAGCUAUUUGGGAGGUUCCAGUUUGGGAGUUGGAGUGCUAUUUUGUAUCCAGUUCGGGAGCUUGGUGUUCUGCAGCAGCUGUGCCUGUAUCUCUGGAAAGGGGGCCGAUCGCCUAAACGGUUUUUACCCCUUGUGUGCAAAACGGUCCGUUACAGUCCUUCACCACCUUUUCGUAUUAGCAGAUAUCUGAAGUUUCACUGGGACUCCUGAUAGGCUGUAGCAGCCUUGAGUGCCGUGUAAAGACACCUUGAGUGCCGUGCAUGGCACUAGUGCCGUAGGUUGCCUACCCCUGUUCUAGACCAUGCAGGAGCCUCUUGUGAGUGAUUAAAGUUCAAUUUACAGAGCAGGAGGUACAAACAUCUAAUUGAAAAUCAAAUCAUUUUUUCAUGUAGGCUGUGUCAGUCACAGCCCGGGGAGGUGUGACUAGGUCUGCAUGGACCAAAGUGAUUUAACUCCAAAAUGGCAGAGCAUUGAACUAAAACUGCUUCAUUAAAGGAUCUUGUUUUCCUGGCACUAUAGGGUCUUUAGGUUCCCCCCCACCCUCAGGGACCCACUCCCGCUGGGCUCAAGGGGGAUGAAGGGGUUAAACACUUACCUUUUUCCAGCGCUGGGCCCCCUCGCCUCCUCCUCCCGACAUCCGCACUGAAUGCGCAUGUGCGGCAAGAGCAGUGCGCACAUUCAAACAGUCCAUAGGAAAGCAUUACUCAAUGCUUUCCUAUGGACAUCCAGUGUCUUCUCACUGUGAUUUUCACAGUCGGAAGCACCUCUGGCAGCUGUCAGUGAGACAGCCACUAGAUGCUGGAUUAACUCUAGUGUAAACAUAGUUUUUCUGUUUACAGCUGCAGGGUUAAAACUAGAGGGACCUGGCACCCAGACCACUUCAUUGAGCUGAAGUGAUCUGGGUGCCUAUGGUGGUCCUUUAAGCUCAAGUUGUUUUGAUGCGUAUAGUAUCCCUUCAAGAAGCAGUUGAUAUUGGAGAUGCAAGCUUGUUUUUGCAGAAGCUGAUAUAAUUAAUUAUGUUGUAUGUUCUCACUGUUGUCUUAUUGAAUUCUUGUCUAAUUCUUUAUUAUUUAACUUUAUAUAUAGCUACAUAGCUUUUUAGGUUGAAAAAAGACUAAACCCAUUCUUUUAUGCUGUUGAUCCAAAAGAAGGCAGUAAACAAAUGUAGCCAUUUCCAGUUAUGCCAAAAAAAGGGAAAUUUCCUUCUUGACUCCAUAAUGGCUAUCAGAUUUCUCUUUGGAUCAGCAACCUGCUUAGCUACAUAUCAGUUAUAUCCUUGAAUAUUCUGUUUAAGUCCAAAAAAACAUCCAAGCCUUUAAAAAAAAAAAAAAAAAGAAUAUCUAUAGAAUCUGAUAAGACAACCUUUUCAGACCAAGAAUUCCACAUCUUUAUUGUUCUUACUGUAAAGAACCCUUUUCUCUGCUGUAAGUGAAAUCACCUUUCUUCCAGUCUCAAUGUGUAACCUCUUACCUGUGGUAUAUUCCUGCUAAUGAACAGGUUAGCACAUAGCGGUUUGUACUGAUCCUGUGUGUAUUUGUUUAGUGCAGUCAUAUCCCCUCUGGGACGUCUUCUUUCUAAGGAAAACAAUUUUUUAUUUUUUUUUGCCUUUCGAACGGGUGGGGGAGUAAACCUGUGCUUGGCAGUUUCUUUUAAUGCUAGAAGGCAGCAACCAUAAUUACAGGAAAGAGCAGCUAUCUGUAUUUAGCCAGAAUUAACUGAAACACAGCAAAUACACAUUCCAUGUCAUUGUCAUGUAUCAUCAACCAUUGGUUCCUCGACCAAUCACUUCUAUUCUCGGGUUGUUGCCCAUCACUCACUGCUUACCCUGAAAACUGUUGCCUCCUUCUUACCUCACCACCUCAUGUCUGCCUUUCAAGUACUCUCUUUAGUCACUCCCCGUCUGCGAGGCCCCCCGACCCGCCAGCGUGGCCCAUGCCCCCUUUGCAAGCGCGAACCCCUCUUCCUGCCAACAUCUCGCCCACCCCUGGCCAGAGCAACCCCUUGUGCCCUCCCUUGCCCACGUUACCUGUUACUGUUUGUCCAGCUUCUAUGUUGGUGACUGAGCAUUUGCUAUCUACCUAAAGACUUUUUUUAGAUUUUGACGGUUUGUCAUUGUGAACCACAUGCUGCCGCCUGUCUCCCUGUUUAUUGCGUUUUUUCUCUUACUACUUUUUUACUUUUUUUUUUUUUGCUCUAGAAAGGCCCAAGAAAGCCAGAAGGAGAUGAAGCUGCUUCUAGAUAUGUACAAAUCUGCCCCGAAAGAACAGAGGGAUAAAGUGCAGCUGAUGGCCGCUGAGAGAAAAACCAAGGCUGAGGUAACUGUGAUGGCUGCCCCUCGUCUGUCUCUGAACUUUCGGUUAUUUUUCUAAUUCUUCUGCUCUCUUUCAUUCUCUCUCUGGUAGGAUUGUGUCACUCUCUGUAAUGGUGCUCUCUCUGGUAGGAUUGUGUCUCUCUCUGUAAUGGUGCUCUCUGGUAGGAUUGUGUCACUCUCUGUAAUGGUGCUCUCUGGUAGGAGUGUGUCACUCUCUGUAAUGGUGCUCUCUGGUAGGAUUGUGUCACUCUCUGUAAUGGUGCUCUCUCAGGUAGGAUUGUGUCACUCUCUGUAACGGUGCUCUCAGGUAGGAUUGUGUCACUCUGUUAUGGCUCUCUCUGGUAGGAUUGUGUCUCUCUCUGUAAUGGUGGUCUCUGGUAGGAUUGUGUCACUCUCUGUAAUGGUGCUCUCUGGUAGGAUUGUAUCACUCUCUGUAAUGGUGGUCUCUGGUAGGAUUGUGUCACUCUCUGUAAUGGUGCUCUCUGGUAGGAUUGUGUCACUCUCUGUAAUGGUGCUCUCUGGUAGGAUUGUGUCACUCUCUGUAAUGGUGCUCUCUGGUAGGAUUGUGUCAAUCUCUGUAAUGGUGCUCUCUGGUAGGAUUGUAUCACUCUCUGGUAGAAUUGUGUCGCUCUCUGGUAGGAUUGUGUCACUCUCUGUAAUGGUGCUCUCUGGUAGGAUUGUGUCACUCUGUAAUGGUGCUCUCUCUGGUAGGAUUGUGUCACUCUGUAAUGGUGCUCUCUGGUAGGAUUGUAUCACUCUCUGUAAUGGUGCUCUCUCUGGUAGGAUUGUGUCACUCUCUGUAAUGGUGCUCUCUGGUAGGAUUGUGUCACUCUCUGUAAUGGUGCUCUCAGGUAGAUUGUGUCACUUUCGUAACGGUGCUCUCUUUUGGUAGGGAUUGUGUCACUUUCAGGCUUUGCGCUCUGGUAGGAUUGUGUCACUCUUCUGUAAUGGUGCUCUCUGGUAGGAUUGUAUCACCUUCUGGUAGAAUUGUGUUGCUCUCUGGUAGGGAUUGUGUCACUUCUGUAUGGUGCUCUCUUGGUAGAUUGUGUCGCCUUCGUAAUGGUGCCUCUGGUAGGAUUGUGUCACUCUCUGUAAUGGUGCUCUCUGGUAGGAUUGUGUCACUCUCUGUAAUGGUGCUCUCUGGUAGGAUUGUGUCACUCUCUGUAAUGGUGCUCUCUGGUAGGAUUGUGUCACUCUCUGUAAUGGUGCUCUCUGGUAGGAUUGUGUCACUCUCUGUAACGGUGCUCUCAGGUAGGAUUGUGUCACUCUCUGUAAUGGUGCUCUCAGGUAGGAUUGUGUCACUCUCUGUAACGGUGCUCUCUGGUAGGAUUGUGUCACUCUCUGUAACGGUGCUCUCUGGUAGGAUUGUGUCACUCUCUGUAAUGGUGCUCUCUGGUAGGAUUGUGUCACUCUCUGUAAUGGUGCUCUCUGGUAGGAUUGUAUCACUCUCUGGUAGAAUUGUGUUGCUCUCUGGUAGGAUUGUGUCACUCUCUGUAAUGGUGCUCUCUGGUAGGAUUGUGUCGCUCUCUGUAAUGGUGCUCUCUGGUAGGAUUGUGUCGCUCUCUGUAAUGGUGCUCUCUGGUAGGAUUGUGUCAAUCUCUGUAAUGGUGCUCUCUGGUAGGAUUGUGUCACUCUCUGUAAUGGUGCUCUCUGGUAGGAUUGUGUCACUCUCUGUAAUGGUGCUCUCUUGUAGGAUUGUGUCACUCUCUGUAAUGGUGCUCUCUGGUAGGAUUGUGUCGCUCUCUGGUAGGAUUGUUUCACUCUCUGCAAUGAUGCUCUCUCUGGUAGGAUUGUGUUAUUCUUUGCUCUCUAACAUUGCACUCUGGCAGGUGGAGGAGCUGCGCUCCCGUGUGCAGUCACUUGAAGAAAAGGAUCGUAGGGAGAGGAAGAAACUCGCAGAUGAGGAAGCACUGAGGAAAAUAAAACUGGCUGAGGAGCAGAUUGAGCAUCUUCAGAGAAAACUGAGCGCCACCAAACAGGUGAGUUUUUAAUGUGGCAGGUGGGUGGCACAGAGUUCUGGACCUUUAAAGUCACGGUUUUUAUGCUAA